GUGUUUUCCCCUUUCAAGUGGCAGUUGACCAAAACGACCGACAUCGCCGCUCAGCCGGGAUAAUCUGAUAAACUGAACCAACGUGAAAAGCUCAAACUACAAUCAGAGCAGCGGAAUUUGGGUAAAAACGAAAGCCAAGCCUUACGGCUCCGUUAUCGAGCCGACUUUAGUAGAAGUCCAUGGUAUCGCAGCAAAAAGCUAGUUAUAAAUCACACAGCGGGACACACUGGAAGAGACGGAGAAACGGAGAAACCUCGGGAGGAUGCAGAGUAUUGUGGACUUGAUGUGAAAAUCAUUAUGACAAGAUGUGAGAUGAGCUGGGUGGAAACAGCGACAGAGGCCAACGACGACAUCAUGUUGGUCCGGAGUUCGCAUGGCCGAGCUCGGGCGCGAGUAACUCACGCGGUGGUGGUGAUCUUCCUGGAGUUCUUCGCCUGGGGGCUGCUGACCACACCCAUGCUGACUGUCCUCCGUGAGACGUUUCCUCAGCACACCUUCCUGAUGAAUGGCCUGGUUCAGGGCGUGAAGGGCUUCCUGUCGUUCCUAUCGGCUCCUCUGAUUGGUGCUCUCUCAGACAUCUGGGGCAGGAAGUCAUUCCUCCUCAUGACAGUCUUCUUCACCUGUGCCCCCAUCCCCUUCAUGAGGAUCAGCCCCUGGUGGUAUUUCGCACUGAUCUCAGUCUCAGGGAUCUUCGCUGUCACCUUCUCAGUGAUCUUUGCCUACGUCGCCGACAUUACAGAGGAGCACGAGAGGAGCACGGCCUAUGGAUUGGUCUCGGCGACCUUCGCGGCCAGUCUGGUGACGAGCCCGGCCAUCGGGGACUAUUUGUCGGCGCAUUACGGAGACAGCCUGGUGGUCCUGGUUGCCACGGUGAUUGCCGUGGCCGACAUCGCCUUUGUGUUUUUCAUUGUCCCCGAGUCGCUGCCGGACAAGAUGAGACUGACAUCCUGGGGCUUCCCCAUCUCCUGGAAGCAGGCCGACCCCUUCGCUUCUCUGCGUCAUGUUGGGAAAGACAGCACAGUGCUACUGAUCUGUGUCACAGUGUUCCUGUCCUACCUGCCUGAGGCCGGACAGUACUCCAGCUUCUUCCUCUACCUGAGACAGGUGAUUGAAUUUUCUCACGUGGCCAUCACUGCCUUCAUCGCCAUGGUGGGAGUCCUCUCUAUAGUGGCUCAGACUCUCUUCCUCAGUGUUCUUAUGAGGACCAUUGGUAAUAAGAACACGGUCCUUCUCGGUCUGGGCUUUCAGCUGCUGCAGCUGGCCUGGUACGGCUUCGGCUCCGAGCCGUGGAUGAUGUGGGCAGCAGGAACAGUAGCAGCCAUGUCGUCCAUCACCUUUCCAGCAGUCUCUACUCUGGUGUCACACAGUGCAUCACCUGAUCAGCAAGGUGUUGUUCAGGGGAUGAUCACAGGUAUCAGAGGGCUGUGUAACGGUUUGGGUCCAGCUCUGUACGGCUUCAUCUUCUUCCUCUUCAAUGUGGAGCUGAACGACAUGGAGCUGGUGGCAGGGAGACGCACACAGAACACAAAGAAGUCGGUCAUCCCUGGUCCUCCCUUCCUGUUUGGAGCAUGUGCCGUCAUAUUAGCUCUCCUCGUCGCCAUCUUCAUCCCCAAGCACCACCAACUGGCUGAGGUUAAGACUUGCUCCACCCACAAAUCCAGUAGUUCCUCCACUGCACAUGCUCAGACUGGCUCUAUGGGCACACCCACUAGCAACGCGGAGGACAUUGAGCCUCUCCUACAAGACAGCAGCAUAUGACUGACAGCCAGCCUGGCCAAUCACAGCACUGAGGUCUGAGCUCUGCCCUGCGAGUCCCACCCCCUCCAAAUGAACCGGUUACAGUUGUUGUGGCUUUUUUUUUUUUAUUUUUUAUUAAAGUGUUUUCAGGUCCAGACUGUUCAGAUAAAGAGUCGGGUGAUGUUAGGCGGCAAACACACUGACUGUUCUUUACAUGACAGGUGAGGUCUACCCAGCUGCCGUACGUUUGCACAAUUUAACUGUUUUGCUCUUACAGAUUUAAAUUGGUUUAAAAUGUAGACCUAGCUUCAAACUGCCUUUUAAAAUGAAAGAUUUUAAAUCAAAUCUGGUUUUUAUUCAGUGAAAAUCAGCUUUCAGACCUAGAAAGUAAAACGGCUUCUUGCAGGCGCCGUGGCUCUGUUUUUAAAUUGCAGCUUUUUCCUGUCAUUGUUUUUGUGUCUGUUGGUUUUUCAUGCACCAGCGUUAGGAAAAAAAACAGAGUAACCAAGUUUUGUGCAACAACAUUUAUAUCAGUAAUGUAACACCCCUGUUCCCAUGUUGAUUAGGAUCUGCCUCAUGCACAUAAAACCAUUUUAGCUGCCAACCCAGGUGAGUGUUUAGAGCCUAGUGGCUUAGUCACCAAGUUGGAAACAAGAGAAAGCAGAUGAACCUAAAGCGUUCAAACCAUUAAAUAACCAGAGCUUCUCACUUUUCUGUCCAUGUGGGGUCACAUUUCUUAUCACUAACUGAGAAGACUUACUAUUUGGAAAUUACUUGCUUGUUUGUAUUUUCCCACCUUAAGGCCGGUUUUGGGUUAGAUGGAACUUGACUUGUCGGUUGAGCUGUCGUUCUCUUGUUAGCACUCUGACAGCAAACGUUCACUGGGUUUCCUCUGUUUUCACUGGUGACGAUGUAAGACUGAGGGCUGAACAGUAUUGUGGUCAUCAAUUAAUCCUUCAUUUGUCAAGCAAAACCGUCAGAAGUGGUUUUGUUUCAGUCAGUGUGGUUGCUGCCUAAACCCUCUGCAGCAGGUUUGCCUGCUCUGUCUGCUGCACCUGACUCCACCCGUCAGGCCUGCAAGGUUCAAGAGAACAGACACUCCUCUCUCUACAGGCGGAGUGGUGAGGUGGAGGUGCAUUGAAUUCACUGCACAGCUGGGACCAAGUGUCCCAAAUCACAGACUGUUUGUUUGAAAACUCAAGAUUUUCACCUGGGCAGAGACACGUGGAGAGGACUGUGAGGUGCUGGGGAUUGUGGGAUAUGCCAGUCAUGGAGGUGAGUCAUCACCUAGAGGAGGCAGUGUGCACUCUAGGUCCAGGUGUGCUUGUUUUUGCUUGCCACUGUGGUUUACAUGUCGUUUACAGAGCUGGGCUCCCUAAAUUGCAGACAACAGGACUCAUGGAUGACUGUUACUAUGGCAACUGACUCACACCAAGCACGUGCAAGCUAUGACUUCCUGCUGGGUGUUUCAGCAGCAUCUGGUCACAAAUAACGAUAUAUUUAAGAAAUGAAAUAUUUUAAAGUGCUUUGUAUGGAGGCCACGUGGUGUCGUGGACGGAAAACAACUAAUUCAGGUUUCAGAUUUGGUAGCUGGUGCUCAGGACGUGAUGGUUCCUGCUCUGUUAACUCCAUGUAAGAGCUCUAUAACUGGUAAUUCAGAUUCUCAGUUUAUAUACUCAGACUCUACUUUCAGUAAAUCUGACUGAUUUAGUGCUUUGGGCUGUUAUUUGAGAUCAUAGUUUAGUAAGUAGAUAACUUCAUUUUGUAAUAAGGGCUAGGUAAUUACUAAAUCAGGUCAGUCGAGAGCACCAUUUAUUCACUUGAGCAUGAAUUAUUUUUUCCCUCCAUGACGCCUCCCAGCCUUUUAAGUUUUUAUUUUUCCUCACCACAUUGUUCUCAGUAUCUGACACACCAGUGUUUCCUCAUUUCUUCUUCUUGUGUUUAAAUACUUAGUGUAUUGAGCCUGUCUGUUAUUUUCAGGCUGUUUGAUCUGAAGGUGCUCCACCUGCCUGCCACAGCAGGCUGGCCAAAUCAAGUGCUCCAAGUUACUGAUGUUGUUUGAACAAGUAUUUCCAGUCCAGGCCCAGUGGUCUGACCAGAUGGGUAGCGGACACUCCGUUCUUGUCGUCUUUAGUUUGAGUUUAAACCAUAACUACAGACAUCAGUCCGACUUUCAGAAUCGGCAUGUUGUUGCGAACCAAAUCGUGCCACAGGGCUUUGUUUGUUUCCGUUACUUUAGCCUUUUUUAACCAUAUGUCAAGCCACCACAUUCCAACAGAGCAAUCCAGCGGGGAUGGAUGGUAUAUGGGAUGUGUUGCUGCUCAGCUAAAACCUGCAUCAUUUUCCCACCUUAGUGUCUGAAAGCAUCACCUGAGUCUGGAGAACUAUCUCUGUGUUGCUGUUGAAUAGCUUUAAAAAUUCCAUGUUCAAUUAAAUAUAUUAUUGAUA